GUUUUCAUUUAUCGCGUUUUUUUACAAAAAAAAGAAAAUUUUUUAAAUAAAAUAUAAUUUAUUUAACUAAUUAAUAAAUAGAGAUACGUGCAACAUGGAUGUGCGACCAAAUCAAACUAUAUACAUUAAUAAUCUCAAUGAGAAAAUUAAAAAAGAAGAAUUGAAAAAAUCGCUUUACGCCAUUUUUUCACAAUUUGGUCAAAUUCUGGAUAUAGUGGCUUUGAAGACCCUGAAAAUGCGUGGUCAGGCAUUUGUUAUAUUCAAAGAAAUAGGCAGUGCUUCUAAUGCUUUAAGGACGAUGCAGGGCUUUCCCUUUUACGACAAACCCAUGCGUAUAGCGUACUCAAAAACUGAUUCGGAUGUGGUGGCCAAAAUAAAGGGAACUUUCAAGGAAAGACCAAAGAAAUUGAAACCACCAAAGCCAGUGGCACCAGUAGAGGAUAAAAAAGACAAAAAGAAGAAGUCCAGCAAUGCAGAAAACGCCAAUCCAAAUACCCAAACGGAACAGCCGCCCAAUCAAAUUCUUUUCCUUACCAAUCUACCGGAAGAAACCAACGAAAUGAUGUUAUCCAUGUUGUUCAAUCAAUUUCCUGGCUUUAAAGAAGUACGUUUGGUACCCAAUCGUCAUGAUAUUGCUUUUGUGGAAUUUGCCACGGAAUUGCAGAGUAAUGCCGCCAAAGAAGCUUUACAAGGUUUCAAGAUUACACCUUCACAUGCUAUGAAAAUUACAUUCGCCAAAAAGUAGUUUUAUGAAAUCCAAACAAUUCAUAUUGAAUACUUUUUUGUUUCUCUAAUGUGAGAGUCAGUAGUAGUAGUAGUAAGAGUGGAAGCAGGCGGUUUGAUUACUUUUGCCGACAACAAAUUAGAAUUAUCAAUUAUUUUCCAUCUAGGAGAACUAAGUUUGUUUUAAACCCAUUUUGAAAAUAGCCUCAAAUCGUGUAAGAUGAAUUAAUUUAAAAAUGCUGAAAACAAAUAAAAAUACAUUUAUAAAAAAUCGAAAA